UGACUAUUCUGAGACCUCAAUGAUCUUCUUUUCGCGUACGCAAACGAAAACAUAUGCUGAACUGCCGAGACUACCACCUUGACUCGAUACGGAAGGGAAUUUUCUUUACCAAGCCAGUCGUCAUGAUGCACAUGGGCUUAUCAAGACAGUAGAGCAUGAUAACUAAGCAACUCGCAGUAAAGCGGGGUCGAUUAUUACGCCACGAUUAUGGAAUGCUUCCAAGCGUGGCAGCCAAAGCUCUAGGACGGAAUAGCUCAGGAAUGGAAGCUCUCGGGGAACCCACCAGACGGAGGAAGAGGCCCUGGGGAUUGGGAGGACAGGCUUUAUCUGGUUGGUAACUAAGCUGCCAUAGCUUGUGAGGGGCUGCUGAGCAAGUCAUGAGUGAGCAAGGGUUCCAUCAUGUGUGGUGAUGGCCACUUUUCUCGUACUCUCUUCAGCUGCAGCUAUAAAGGUGUUGGUUGUCGCCGUCAUUGAAUGCUCCGAUUUGUUUUUAUAGACAUGCCAAUGCAAGGAAUUGGAAUUCGAUCAUCUCGAGUUUUCAACAGGAGUUCCCUCUUUGGACCACAGCAACAACAAUCCAUCAGAUUCAUCACAUCUAUCAAAGCAUCAUCGUUUAAACCAUCCCUCACUCAAGUUCAGCCCCCACAUCAAAUCAGAAUGGCAAGCACUGGUAAAGUUACUGACUGGGUCAAGCCCGGCGACACAUCUGGCGAGUUCAAGCGUCAAGUCAGCUCAUUCCGAGACUGGAUCUCUCGCGAUCCCAACGCCAAGUAUCCUGCUGAGGCUGGCCGAUAUCACCUCUAUGUGAGCUACGCAUGCCCGUGGGCGUGCCGUACACUCAUCGCCCGCAAACUUAAGGGUCUUGAGGACAUCAUCUCCUACUCAGUUGUGCAUUGGCAUCUUGGUGAGGGAGGCUGGCGAUUUGUUUCCAAGGAUGAGGACGUUCCCGGUGACAAUGUGAUUCCUGAUCCCAUCAAGGGUCAUGAGGGGUUCACUCACUUGAAGGAUGUGUACUUUGAGAGUGAGAAGAACUACGAUGGUCGAUAUACUGUGCCAGUUCUGUUUGACAAGAAGACAAACCGAAUUGUGAGCAAUGAAAGCAGUGAAAUUCUGCGAAUGCUUGGUACUGAGUUUGACGACAUGCUGGAUGAGAAGUACAAGGCCAUUCAGCUGUACCCUGAAGAUCUUCAGAAGCAAAUCGAGGAGGUCCAUGAGUGGCAAUACGGCGGCAUCAACAAUGGUGUUUACAAGUCCGGCUUCGCAACCACCAGUGAAGCAUACGAGCGCAACGUCGUCGCCCUCUUUGAAGCUCUCGACCGCGCUGAGAAGCAUCUCUCCGAGCAACAAGGCCCCUACUGGUUCGGCGACAAGAUUAGCGAAGUCGAUAUUCGACUGUUCGUCACGAUCAUUCGCUUCGAUCCCGUCUACGUGCAGCACUUCAAGUGCAACAUCCGCGACAUUCGCUCAGGAUACCCAGCUCUGCACAAGUGGAUGCGAAACCUGUACUGGAACGAUCCCGCAUUCAAGGAUACCACGCAGUUUGAGCAUAUCAAGUGGCACUACACCAGGAGCCACACUCAGAUCAACCCUUUCUCUAUCACGCCUGUUGGACCUCUGCCGCAUAUUCUGCCGCUUGAGGAGGAGGUGACUGCUGCGCAGAAGAAAUAGGAACAAAUAUUGUCAAUAUGGGAUGGUUAGCUAAAAUAAGAAAUAUCGAACAUUGUAUUAUUUGUUGCAGAAUAUGUGCAUGGUUUAUUAUGCAAUCAUGAGC